GCGUGCUGCAUAUUCCAUUUGCGGAAUAUACUAUACGCCUAGCUGCAUUUCGGACGGGGUCAAUGACUUCGGCAGUGACUCUUCCGGGAGUCGACGACAGUUUUGCCCACGUCAUGUCCAGUUCAUCGUCACCACCAGAGCAAUAAAGCCGGCAGCCGCCAAACACCGAUCUCUCAGACGCCGCUUGCCUGUCCGCAGGUUCGCAGAGGAGUCGUCAUGGCGGCUUGGAGCACCGUCGUCGUCGUUUCUCUCGUAUUUCUUCACCACAGCCGCGCUGCGAGUGAGAGCGAGAUUCUGGCCAACUUCAGGCGCUGUCAGCGGGUGUGCAACCGAGUGUUGAGCAACACCAGCCUGCUGGGCGUCGUGGUGGGCGUCGGCGAGAACCUGCAGAACGCCACGGCCACUGUGGGCACCGGCAUCCGCGGCGGCAUUCAGGGCGUCGCCACGGGUGUCCGCCAGGGAACGGCCGCCGUUGUCGACAACGUCCGUAGGAACAUACAGGCUGUCAGGAACGGUAUCCGGCCCAACAGGUACCCGGAGGACGACUACAAGGAGAACAGCCCUUUGCCUCCCGAGGAGCAUCUCUACGUGGUCCCUGCUCCAUGACACCGCCGCGACGUUGCAGGGUGGCUAAGGCCUAAUCGCCUUUUUCGCAAUCCAGCUGCACAUCUAACUCAUACUCAUUUCAUACAUUUUAUACCUCGUCAUAUAACGUUGACCGCGCCGCUGCGCAGGCCGUCGCACACAAGAUUGCAUUGUAUCUGCACAUAUAUAGCGCCGCCGUUCACAUAACACACACACAUUGAAAGAGAGAGCCUCAUUGUUGCGACUGUGCAACUCGCUUCCAUCUAUCGAAAUUUGCUGUCUGCCUAUUGUUCGGUAGUUUGAACAAGAAAACCAAGCUCACGAAUGAGAAGCCGUUUACGGUAUAGGUGCGUUAAUCCGAAUAUGUACAACAGUGACACGGUUAUAACGGCCACAUUUUCCUGCUUCAUCAAUACGUUCAUAAAGCGACAGCGUUUUACUGCACGCAACAUUGCGAACGUCGUACACCAGAACAUUCGCGUGAAGGAACACCAGUUAAUUACUUUGACGUCACAGCGCUGCACGCAUGUGCGUAAACUUGGCAGGAUCGGAGGUUACUUCACCUCACAGCACGUGUGUUCCGCGCACUUGCAUCUUUUUGUCACGGUGAGCCACGUAUAACUUAUCACUGCCGUCUCAACGCUCAUAGUGCACAAGCUCUUCUGCCACCAUGCAUGACGUCUGUAGGUUUCGCCACUAUAGGUUCAAGACAACAUUGAGUGGAGCGCAAAGGUCAGCCAUUUUGUGGUCUUCGCCGGCUGAUAUGGGGUUCUGUUGACGGUAUUCUGGCGCGCUUGCUAAGGCGAGGGGGACACUAGUUUGUUCCUUUUUGUUGUGAGGAACGAAGCUGGGAAGAAAGACACCUUCGGAUAUUGACGUGGCCAGCUUAGUUUAUCGAACGAAUGCUGCGUCGGUAAAAAAACCUGCCAACCCGUUUAUUAAUAUUUUUUUAAAUCAAAGCUUCACACUUCCUCAAUAACCCAUUUUCACUGCACAGCUAUGACAUGUUAGCAUUGGAUAAAAAGUCUCUAAUCACUGAAAACCAAGUGGCCUUGAUAUAUAUCACCACAUGAGAAGUACGUACGCAAGCGCGCUGCCGGCGCCAUGACCCCAGUAGUGUUCGCUGCUUUCCUGCUCUUGGAUCAAAGAGACCUCAAGAAGUGUGCAGAUGACAGCCGCAUUGUGAGCGUUUGUAGCCGAUUAUGGUGAAGAGGGUGCUCGUGCUGUUGCUCGCAAGCCUUUUUAUCCCGGUUUGCCAUGCUUUAAGAAGUGCAAACGAAACGAGCGCUUAGAACCCCAGUUGCCUUCACUGCAGCAGGGUAGAUAAACUAUUCGUAAGAUGAGACCAUUGUAAAAGAACACGAUGACUGAUAAGUUCUUACGAAGCCAGCAGUCAAGAGUACCAGCCUAUUGCAAUAGCCAACUAGCGCGCUGUAUUGGCUGGGUCACCUGCUCACGCUCAUACAUACGUAGACAGCUUCGAAAGGUGGGUUGUUGGGUCACCUAAAUAUAUGCGAGGGCAAACUAGGACAAGAAAAAGGAAACAGACACGACAAUAUUUCCUCGGCUCUGUUUAAUUUCACACUCACAUUUUUUCUCCGUGUUUUCCCCCAAGUAUACACACACAAAAUGCGAGGUGCUAUACAAAAUUGUGAUUUAUUAACAUGCUUCGACGUUGCCUAAUAAGAACAGCGAGCACGCUCUCUCAACACCGGUGUCCGUUCGAAGGUCCGCAACUUCUGCCGAAACCCGCAAUGAUGGCGCCGAAGAAUACUCCUUCUUGAGGUGUAAACCUCGUCCACCGUGUAAAUAAAAGGUCACCAACGA